ACAAUGGCUGCUCUCCCUCCCUCCAAAACCCUCAGACCACCUCUCAUUACAGCCCUAGAUGCCUCUCUCUGUCCAUAUAUAACUAUAUACAAUUGGGUAUGGGAAGACUCAGGUUCUUGUGCACCGGAGACGGUGGUUGGAGAAUCAGGCGCCUCCCGGUGAGCCCAGAAUCAUGAGAAGCCUAUUGCAUGCAGCUCUUCAGAAAUCGCUAGAUGUAAAACAAGUUAGUCUAUGUGAUUAUCGGGCUCUCUUAGGCACUUCAGCUAUAUGAUAUUAUUCCUCUUCUAGUAGGAAGGGCAGCUAAUUUCGAACUAGCAGAAUAGAUAUGUCCGCUGCUGUUAUCGGCUCUUAGUUUGGAGUUCCCUCUUUCUUUAUAUAAAAUUAUCUGUAUACACAAGUCAAAUCAAGUAUGGUUUCAGAGAAGAGAUUCUAGAGUUUGUUAAGCAAUUUUCACCUUUAUUGGUACAAAACAAACGAAAUACUCUUAAUUAGCUACUCUUUGCCUUCAGAAUAGUCAAUGCACAUAAAAAGAUAAACUGAGACCGGCCACAAAUGCUCUUCGACAUGCUAGACAACAGCUAAAGGACCCCGUUUAGCUUCCCCAUCUUGCUGUUAAUCUAUAUUAUACAUGUGCUGUUUCUUGGGUCUUCCAUAUAUGACAUUGAAGAGAUCUGGUUAUAUAGCCUAGGAGCAUAGUUCUAUGUAUUGGUUGUAAAUUUUGUCUUAACUGGAAUCAUUGGCAUCUUCAAGCUAAACAAUGAAUUAUGUUUGUAUCACCCACCACACCACACUAGAAAGCAAAAGAUUAUAUUCUUCUGUACUAUCUAUUUUGGCAGUAAUCUCAUCUAUAAAGGUAGGUAUGUUGAAUCUAAAACUGAAAUUCCCCAACUGUAUAUUUUAUAUAUCUUUCCUUUCGUCCUUGUACGGUUUGGACUGUAAAUGGGAAAUUAGCCCAGCAUUGUUUAUCUGGGGUUUCAAAGAAAAUGGAGAAACAAGCAGCUGUCGAAGGAAGUUUUGGUUAUGGACAAGAAGAUAGUUAUGAUGCUGUUGUUGUGGGUUCUGGAUAUGGCGGUUCUGUUGCUGCCUGCCGCUUGUCUAUGGCAGGCAUAAGAGUAUGUCUGAUUGAGAAGGGCCGGAAAUGGGAAUCUCAGGAUUUUCCAACUGACGUCUCCAAAAUCCUGCCGGCUUUUAGGAUGGAGAACGAGAACUUAGGCUUUAGCUUUGGACCAAAGGAUGCUUUGUUCCAGGUAUACGAGCAAAACGAUUCUCUAGCAGCAGUGGCUUGUGGGCUUGGUGGAGGUUCACUAGUUAAUGCAGGAGUUAUGAUAUCAACACCAGUCCGUGCUAGACGGCAUCCAAAAUGGCCAAAGGAAUGGGAAAGGAAUUGGGAUAAUUGUGAAGCUUCUGCAGCAGCCAUGCUGAAAAUACAAAGCAUACCUGUCAAGUUUCCUUCUGCGAAAAUCUUGGAAGAAGUUGCAUAUGGAGAGCUUGGAGAAACUUUCGAGACGUCAGUUAAGCUGAGUGUGAAUUUUGAUAUCGAAGAACCAAUAACCAAGGGAAUGAAGUCUCCACAGAUGAGUAGCUGCUUAGCCUGUGGGAACUGUCUCUCUGGAUGUCCUUACAAUGCCAAAAGUUCUACAGACAAAAAUUAUGUACUUUCAGCAAUCCAGGGAGGAUGCAUUGUUAAAACAGAAUGUCAAGUGAAGUAUGUAGUGAGGAACAUGUAUGAAAAUUUCCCAUGUGAAGGCAAAAUUGGCAGGAAAAAUAGAAGAUGGCGUGUUUAUUUUAAUGAGAUUGACUAUAUAAGCUCUGAUUUUGUAAUCCUAUCAGCUGGAGUUUUUGGGACAACUGAGAUACUCUUCCAAUCACAGAUGAGAGGACUGAAACUUUCAGAAGCACUUGGGUCUGGAUUCAGCUGUAAUGGGAAUACUGUGGCUUAUCUUGCUGGAAGUCCAGCACCAUUGGGUGCUUAUGGAUUAGACAGAAAGCAAGUGUUUAAGACUCCUUUUGAGGAAAGGCCAGGGCCAUCCAUUUCUUCAUCUUACACCUCUUCACUGGGAUUUACAAUCCAGAGUGCUGUACUUCCGACAGCUUAUCCAUACCUGCUGUUUAAAGGGAUUACAACGUAUGGGUGGCCUGCUGGAUACUGGUUCUUUCAUGGGAUCAUAGACAAGAUAAAACAUAUUAUAGGUUUCAAAGCAUGCCAAGCAAUGGUCCUUAUUGCACUGGGACAUGAUGAGAGUGAUGGUAAGAUUACACUAGAAAAGGGAACAAACAAAAUCUGCUUCACUCCACCUCAUGAUCCCCUUCUCCCACGAAAAAUUAAAGCUUUUCAAAAGCUGACUAAGAAAUUAGGAGGAAUUCUCUUUAUGGCAAAAUACCGAAGUGCAUCAGUUCAUCAUUUAGGAGGGUGCAAUGCAUCAUCAGAUCCUUCACAUGGUGUUUGCAACCCCGAUGGGCAGGUUUUUGACCCAAAGUCACCUGCCACAGUGCAUCCCGGCCUGUAUGUAUGUGAUGCUUCUUUGAUUCCAUGUUCUCUCGGCAUAAACCCAUCUCUUACUAUUGCUACUGCAGCUGAGUAUGUAAGUAGGUACCUUGUGCAGGAUAUUCUCAUGUACAAGAACAGAGAAGGCCUUGAAUCUGGUCUUAAAUCUCCUAAUCAAGAUCCAGAAUCCUUCAUUGAUAGGAAGGCUAUUAAUCACCAGAGAUCAUCGGUCACGGUUAAAGAAACCAUGAGAGGUUAUAUUGGUGGUAUGCCAUGCACAGCUUAUCUCAUAAUGAAAAUGAACUCUCAGGACCAGACAGGUUCUGCUAAAUGGAAGUUGGGUAAUGGAAAAUCUCAUCCCCUUCUACGAGGGAAAGUUGGAGGGCAUGUGGAAAUGAUAGCUAUUGAGAAGGACAAUUUACAUAUCAUAGAUGGGAAUGUUAAUUUGUGUGCAGUAGAUGACAGAACUCCUUACACACAAUAUAUGCAUUAUCGCCUUCUUCUCGUGGCUUCUACUGGUUCAAGAUAUAUUCUAGAGGGAAGAAAGAUAAUGAACCCUUAUCUCUUUCCCGUAUAUGCUUGGAGGGAAAUGACAACACUGCAUGUGACAUUUGCAAAAGUCGCAGAGAAAAAAAAGGAUGAGAAGAUGAUUUUGAAAGGGGAGCUUAAUAUUUCCAUGACAGAGCUUCUUAAGAGCACUAUAAGCUUGGAAGGUAACAAUAGAGGAAGGUUCAUAUGCCUCCUAUUGGGGUCUCUCUUAAGAACCUAUCUCUUGCAGAUACCUCGAGGGAACCAUGAGGAUUUAGAUCUGUCAGUUUAUCACAGGAAGUCUUAUCCAAGCGGCACUCUUCAUGAAAUACAAACAGAAGAUGGAUUCCUUAUCAGUUGCAGACAAUGGAAGUCCCACCAUAUUUUGUCAAAACUCAAAGGAGAUGAACAACAAAAUCCAGUUCUCCUUCUUAAUGGAUAUUCUACUGAGAGUUAUUGGCUGCCAACAGAACCCAAUGACUUGGUAAGAUCUUUACUCGAAGAAGGGCAUGAUACAUGGCUUUUACAACCAAGAUUGCACCCUCUGAAUCCUUCAAACAACUUUACGAUUGAGGAUGUUGCAAGAUUUGAUAUCCCUGCUGCAAUUAAUAAGAUCCUUGAACUUCAUGGACCAAGUGCAAAGGUGCAUGUAGUUGCACAUUGUGUUGGAGGGUUAUCCAUGCACAUCGCAGUCAUGGGAGGUCAUGUAUCUGCAACCCAUGUAGCUUCUCUGUCUUGCACUAACUCUUCAAUGUUCUUCAACGUUAAUGCUUUCUCCAGAGUCAAAAUGUGGCUUCCUCUGAUCCCAAUAUCGAUGUUCAUACUUGGAGAAGACAAAACAGUUCCUCUUUUGGAAGAAUCAAACCUCAGCUUGCGGCACCACCUCCUGAGGCUUACAGCCCGCUUCAUCCCCCGGUAUGAGAGGUGCACCUGCAAUGAAUGUGAAGUUUUUUCCGGCAUGUUCGGAAAUACCUUCUGGCACGAAAAUAUUACCCCCACCAUGCAUCAGUGGUUGAACAAGCAAAGCUCAACAAGGCUUCCUAUGUCGGCAUUUCCCCACCUCAGGAAAAUAUGCAACUCCGGUUUUAUUGUAGACAGCAAUGGUUGCAGCUCGUACUUGAUCCAUCCAGAAAGAAUGGCACUCCCGACCCUAUAUAUAUCAGGCGGCCGAUCUCUCCUUGUGACUCCUCAGACUUCUUUCCUAGCUCAUAAAUAUAUGAAGCUGCACCAGCCUGGCUUUAGACAUGAAAGGGUGGUUGUGGAGGGUUUCGGGCAUUCAGAUCUAUUGAUUGGAGAGGAGUCUCAUAAGAAGGUGUUUCCUCACAUUUUAUCCCAUAUUAGAUUAGCUGAACAAGGAGAGAUUCAUACCAAGAGAAACCAGUGCAGUAAAGAGGCAUUGGAUUGGGAAGCUGAUCAGCUCUAUGACGGCUGCUUUGGACAAUGUGGAACUUGGUUUUCUCCUUUUGUCAUUUUUUCAUUGAUUUUUAUGUUGCUUUCUUUGUUACACGUAUUGGUUUUAUGAUUUGAUUAAUUGAUUGGCAACAGUUAACAGCGUCACUUGGUGGGCAUUGGUAUCAAUCCCAAUUUUAGCGGUCAUUGUAGUGCACCGGCAAAGAAGUGUCUUUGGACAUGUUGGUUGUCAAUUCAUAUAUGCGUGUGUGCGCAUAUAUGUGACUGGAAUAAAGCUGUGUGUUGUAAAUUGGAACUUCUAAAUAAAUUAUGUAGACACAUUCACAAUCAUUUGAUCUAGU